AUGGAGAACUACACCUACAACAGCCACACUCUGCAGCUGGAGGGGCUGAACGUCCCUGAAGAUUCCGUCUACCCUGUCUUCCUCUUCUUCUUUUUCUCCUACCUCUUCAUUAUGAUCUCAAACAUCGGCAUUGCUCUGCUGGUUUUCAUUGAUAAGAACCUCCACCAGCCCAUGUACCUCCUUUUCUGCAACCUGCCGUUUAACGACAUCCUGGGAAACUCCAUCAUGCUGCCCAGGGUGAUGAUGAACCUGCUGCGCCCUCCCUCUGAACGCUCCAUCAGUUACUACGAGUGUAUCGUCCAAGCUUUCACCACACAUAUGUUUGGAACCACGAGUCACACGGUGCUCAUGAUCAUGGCAUUUGACCGAUAUUUGGCCAUCUGUAACCCUCUGCACUACACUUCUAUAAUGUCGAAUAAGAUGGUGAUUAAGCUGACGGUGUGGGCCUGGGGGUCGGCCUUUGUGUUAGUGGGGAUUCUCCUGGGUUUGACCAUCCGGCUGAACCGCUGCAGGACUAUGAUCAUGAACCCGUACUGUGAUAACGCCUCUCUGUUCAAGCUCUCCUGUGAGAGUGUUUUCAUUAAUAAUGUUUACGGCCUGACUUUCACGGUGGUCCUGCUCACCUCCUCCAUCGGCAGCAUCGUCCUCACCUACACAAAGAUCACAGUGGUCUGUCUGACCAAUAAGAACAAGUCUUUGAACAGUAAAGCUGUAAAAACCUGCAGCACCCACCUCUUUGUGUAUCUGAUCAUUGUGUUUAACGGGAUCUCCAUCAUCACUCUGCAUCGCUUUCCUCAGUACUCUUUUUACAGAAAACUCUCCACUGUCCUGUUUCACAUCAUCCCUGGUAGUCUUAAUCCGAUCAUCUACGGCCUGCAGUCCAAAGAGAUUCGGAAGUUUUUCCUGAAGGUGAUCAGGUCCAAGAAGGUCCUGCCGUCAUCCUGA